AUGUAUCCCAACUACACUUCCAGUGCGGAGUCACGGAGCGAGCCGUUGAGAGAGAGGGACACAUUAGGGACACACAGAGUAGCGCUGGCCGCUGCCUUUGGGAGACUUGAAAUUGGAAAGAGCGAAGUCUCCAGGCGAACUCCCAGCCGGGAUGGGGAGCCGUCGAACGCCUACGUCUGGAAUCAAUUGAUUGAUCGCGAGAAGGCUCGCAUCGAUCGUAACUUCUCAGAAGCAGACAGAAUCCGCGAUGAUCUUCGUGACCGAGGCAUUGAGAUUUACGACCGUGAGCGCCGAUGGGAGGCGAAGGAUGGACGUGUAGGACAGCGCCCAAAUCAUGACGACAAGAAGCGCGACGACGACUGA